GACAACAUUGGAAGUAUUAUUAGUGAUGCACGUCCACGUAUAUAGUUUAUGGUAGCACGUUUAAGAUUUGCUCUCAAGAAUGUUUGGAGACGUUUUCCUUGUUAUGGUUGUYCUGAUCAUGACGUAUGUCCUCUGGUCUUUCAUGAUUAACCGGAAUGGUAUGCCACCUUGUCCGCAUCCGAUACCUAUUCUUGGAAGUCUUUUUCCAGUUGUUACAUGGAUAAGACAGAAAAUCUUGCACAUUGAAUUAGUAAAGCUCGCCAAGUUGUAUCGUGGUAAACUUUUCACCCUCAAGCUUCCCGGCGAAAAUAUUGUCGUUGUAAACUCUGCCUCUACUGCCCGAGAAGCACUUGUAACAAAGAGAGAUGAAUUUGCUGGAAGACCUUUUAUGUUUACCUUUGACUACGUGACGCGCGGCUCAAAAGACAUUGGAGCACAGGAUUUAAACUCUACUUUACUUCUUCAAAGAAAAAUUGUUCAUUCAGCUAUUCGAUUGUAUCAGCCCAAGCUAGGUGACAAAGUGACGAAAGAAGUGAAUGAGCUAAUCAAAAGAUUGAUUGAGUAUCACGAGAAACCAAUCGAGCCAGAGUCUGAAAUUAUCUUAACAGUGAUGAAUGUGAUUUGCGCUAUGGUAUAUGGAGAUCGUUACGAGCUUGACGAUCCAGAGUUCAAAAUGGUCUUUGAUUAUAACCAGAAGAUGUUCUCUCUUUUAGGGGCCUUAAAUAUUUUGAAUGUCUUUCCUUUCCUAAUCCACUUCCCGAUCAGAGACUCAAAGCUCAUUAAAUUUGUWGUGGAGACACGUGAUAAAAUUCUUAAUAAAAAGUACCAUGAACAUCAGCAGUCUUACAAAGAAGGUAUCAUUCGUGAUCUGACGGACGCCUUAAUCAAAGCUUUAAAAGAAGCUGAGCAAGAAGACUUAAAAACCAAGAGCCUAAUCACCGAAGAUCAUGUUGUGAUGACGAUGGCUGACGCGUUUUCAGCCGGUUUUGAAACUACAUCGACACAGAUUCGCUGGUUUUUACUUUUCAUGGUUAUUCACCCAGAUAUACAAGCAAAGGUCCAGGAAGAGCUCGACAACGUUAUUGGAAAGGGCGGUUUGGUASSAUGGAAGGACAGGACAAGRCUKAAUUAYACRUUUGCAACAAUUGAGGAAACAAUCCGUUUGUCAUCGAUUGGCCCGAUGCUCGUWCCUCGUAAGACUACAAAGGACUCUACUUUAGAAGGCUAUCAMAUCCCUAAGGAUACUACCAUCUUUAUCAACGCCAUGGCUUUGCAUCUUGAUGAGAACGAGUGGGACGAACCUUUGGUGUUUAAUCCUGAACGAUUCUUAGAUGAGGAAGGGCAGCUGAUCCAAGUUGCUGGUUUGAAGAGCUACCUUCCCUUUGGUGCUGGUCGUCGUGGCUGUGUUGGCGAAGUUUUAGCCAAGCAAGAAAUAUUUUUUAUUUCUGCAAGUUUACUGCAGAACUUUAAUAUAGAGGGGGAGAUGGCAAGCUUACCAUUAUCACUUCAUGGCGAAUUGAUAGGUCCUGUUCAUUGUCCGAAGCCUUUCAAAGUGCGUUUCAAGCAAAGGCGAUAAUCUUUGCAAGCGUAAACUAUUAUGCUUUAAGGAUAUAUCCAUGUCAUUCUUGCGUAUGAUUUAAAUGUUGGUGAUGUAAGUGACUCACUUAAAGCAAAGCAAAUUCGUAAUGAUGCUACAAAGACAAUGGGACUGUUUUCAGUGUUCUACAGAUGGUAGAUUUAUUGCGUAGCAAGAGUUUAUCGGGAGACGUGAUCGAAAUUUUGUUUAUCAAGACAGUGUAACCAUAGUCCCUUUCUGUCGUGCAAUCUCCCUCCGAUAAUCAUCGUUUGCCGUCUCCCCGACAGCAUUCCUUGAAAUAGCUGUAUACGUAAAGACAAGUUGUGUUUAUGAAAAUUUUAGCUCAACGUUGGAAAUAUAUAUUAUCWUUAUUUCCGGACCGUGAGUGACACAAGUUUAAAUAUAUUGCAGUAUAUUUAGUUUUUUAUUUGCAUGUGUGUUCUGAACUAUACUCAGAAUACAUACAUCAUUUGCACACAAUUCAUUGAGAAUAUUGUAUUAUGGGUCGACACGACACCRCAUUAAAAUGCCUUUAAGAAGCGAUGACAUCAUUUAUACAACUAGACGCUCCUGGAGCGUGAAGUCGGACUAGCUAGACUGUUCAAAACCGUUUAUUCAAAAGACACAAUAUUCUUUUUGACUGCUCUCUGCAACGACUUCAAAACAAUAGAAAUCUAAAUUUGACCUAAAAGGUCAUGUAAUUAAUACCCUGCGCAGAGUAUAUUUUACCUUACAACUGAACUGAUAAACACUGGAAAAUCUCAGUCUUUUACAUACUAUGUAAAUAUUUUGGAAACUGUAUUUUACAAACAAUUUUUCACGUUUACAAAAAAUCUACAUUGAGUACGAGGAAUAAUUUACAAAUGAUAAUUUUCAAAGUCUUUUGAAAUUUACAUAGUAUGUAAAAGUACCUUGGUCCUGUAAAAUCAAUUUUACAGUCUGUUUACAAACAAUUUACACAUGAGUUACAUAGUAUGUAAAAGUCUGAGGUUUUCCAGUGUAAAAUCAAACGUGGUAUACUAAAUGUCGCUAAGUUAUAUCAUAAUAUCUAAUACGUUUUUAAUUCAAAUUCUUGACCUCUCAGGCCAAGAAAAUAACUAUCAAAAAAAAUAAAAGA